AUGCAGGUUUCUGAAAUUGAUAAUGUGAAGAUAUAUAACCUCAGUGCUGGAAAGUCAUUACCAGAUUGGUUAUCUGAAAGAAAGAAAAGGGCACUACUGAAGAAAAAUGUUGAUCUCAGAAGGAGGAUUGAACUUAUUCAAGAAUUUGAUAUGCCCGGGGUGAGCACCAGUAUCCGAAUGUCUAAAGAUGGACAGUAUAUAAUGGCCACAGGAAUUUAUAAACCGAGAAUAAAAUGUUUUGAUGUAAAUAAUCUGUCACUGAAAUUUGAGAGAUGUUUGGAUUCUGAAGUAGUUACAUUUGAAAUAUUAAGUGAAGAUUUUACAAAAAUUGUUUUUCUACAGUGUGACAGAUAUGUAGAAUUUCAUGUUGGUCAUGGAAGACAUUACCGUCUUAGAGUACCUCACUUUGGCAGAGAUAUUGCAUACCAUAAACCUUCAUGUGAUUUAUUUGUUGUUGGUGCUUCGAAUGAAGUGUACAGAUUAAAUUUAGAAAUGGGACAAUUUUUGGCUCCUUUUGUAACAAAAGCAAAUGAAAUUAACACUUGUGCUGUCAAUGAAGCACACGGCCUACUCAUACUUGGUACAGAAAGCGGUCAAGUUGAGGCCUGGGACCCUCGAACUAAAUCACGACAGGGUUUAUUGGAUUGUGCAUUACAUUGUUCUGAUAUUGAUAAUAAAUGUUUGCCUGCCAUAACAGAACUGAAAUUUAAUGGCGCCCUACAAAUGGGGGUUGGGACAUCUUCUGGACAUAUUUUACUUUAUGAUAUUAGAUCUAGCAAACCACUUCUGAUCAAAGAUCAUAUGAAUGAAAUCCCUAUUAAGAAUAUAGAAUUCCACAAGCAAAUGAACUAUGUCUAUUCAAUGGACUCGUUGGUUCUAAAGAUUUGGGAUAGUAAUACCGGUAAACAAUAUACGAAUAUAGAGUCUUCUGCAGAUUUUAACGAUUUAUGUGUUAUUCCUAAUACUGGUUUAUGUAUGAUGGCAGUUGAAGAUCCCAAAAUGCAAGUUUAUUACAUUCCAUCACUUGGGCCUGCGCCAAAGUGGUGUUCCUUCUUAGAUAACUUAACAGAAGAGCUAGAAAGCUCGGCGGUCCAGACAGUAUAUGACGAUUACAAGUUUAUUACAAAACAAGAGUUGGAAUCACUUGGAUUAGACCAUCUACUAGGAACAAAUUUAUUGAGAGCUUAUAUGCAUGGAUACUUUGUGGAUGCACGAUUAUAUAAGAGAGCUAAAACAAUAGCAGAUCCAUUUGCUUUUGAUGAAUAUAAAAAGCGUAAGAUUCGAGAAAAAAUCGAACAGGAGAGACCGGCCAGGUUAAAAGUGGAUGAUAACUUGCCAAAAAUUAACAGAGAACUGGCCUCACGUCUCCAAAACGCUGAAGGACGAAAAAGUAAACAAUCAAUUAAUUUACUUAAAGAUGAUCGUUUUAAGGAAUUAUUUGAAAAUCCUGACUUUGAAGUCGAUAAAGGAGCUGAUGAAUACCGUUUACUGAACCCUGUGUUAUCCAGGUUAGAUAAGAAGAGUACAAAGAAAGUAAACGCUGAUAUGGAAACUGAUAAAGUUGAGCAACAUGUUGAAGAUGAUAAUGAUUCAGAUAUCGAUUUAUAUCAAACGAGUGAAGAAAGUUCUGACGAUGAAAAAUUAUGGACAAAAGAGAUUAAAAAACAACACAGAAUUAUUAGAAAUAAAAAACAGGAAGACGAAGAAAAAGAAGAAUCAAGUAAAGAAAGAGUAUAUGAAUUCAGCAGUGCUCCUAAAUUAACAAACAUCAGAAGCAUUACUCGAGUAAGUAAAACAAGUCUUGGUGAACGUCUGACAAGAGAAGGUUUUUCAACAAUGGCCACUGGCGCUGGUGGAAACAGGGAAAUGAAAUUUACAAUGAGGGGCAAAAAGAAUAUAACAGAUAAUCAUAGAAAAAUGAAGAAACAUUAUGAAGAAAGAAAACGGAUUGUUAGAAAAACAGGAUUUUUAACUAAGAAAAAACUUUCUAGGAAAUAA